CAAAACCCAAACAACCUGAGUGCUGUGUCUGUUGUGUAAUUUCUUCCAAAUCCAUGCAAUGCAUAGUCUCAUUUGCAUAGAUAUAUACUUACAUAAUGGAAGUUUCAUUGCUGCAUGCAGGUAUCAAUAAACCAUAGUAAAUAUUUGCAAUGUGUUUCUUAAAUCUGGCAUAUUGUGCAAAAUGGGCGCAAUUAAACCGAGAAUCGUCCUGAUGACGAUAACGCUGUCAAACUAAUCGCACGUUCAGCAGUGCUUUCCAGUAUGUAAAUGUGUAGUCUAUUCAUUUGGGUGAAGGUCAACCAUAUCUAUAGAUAUAUAGCACUCUUCAUUGCUCAGCAGCACUGUUACGACUCCAAUCUUCUCCUGGUUGCGAAAAUUGUGUUUGCAAAAGAUACUGCAUAUUUACUCCACCAGGGCACAAAUAAAUCUCAAAAACCUCAAUAAACCUUGACUCAGGCAAUCGAGAGAGGGAGGAGUGAAAAUGUCGGUCAAGAUUGACGAGGCAACUUCUCCACAGGAAAUCGCGGCAUGUUGGCCAGUGAUCCAAGUUCUACGGCCGCACGUCGUGGAGUCGACGCUCGUGGACCGUGUGACGCAGCAGCAAAAGGAGGAAGGCUACCGACUCCUCUACAUUCGCCAAGAUGAUCUCGGCGUGUGUGCCAUUCUCGGUUUUCGUGUCCUCAACUUUCUUUGGUCAGGAAAAACCAUGUACAUUGACGACUUUUGCACGCUCCCUUCCACUCGGGGCAAAGGUUACGGCGGGGCACUGCUGGACCGUGCUGCAGAAAUCGCCAAGGAACUCGACUGCGAGGGAGUGUCCCUGGACUCUGGGUACACAAGAAACGAUGCUCAUCGUCUCUACCUGAACAAAAAAUUCCAACUCGCCAGCCACCAUUUUCACAGAAACUUGAAGUAAUGCCUGUCUACUUUUCUAAUAUUGCUUGAUUUCAAAUAAAUGAACGUGACAGGAAAAUAUGUUGACAAUGCUAUUGUUGCAUCCAUAUAUACGUAACCCACGACGUCAGAACUAUUCGCACCUACUGGGUUUGACCAAGUUGAAAACCGACAGAUUCAGACUUUGAUUAAAAAUAUGAUUGGAUUUAUUGCACUAUCAGCAUGUUGCAAAUAAUGAUAAUGACACCACACAACUUGAACCAAUGAUGUGAGACAUGCACUGAAGCACCAGUCGCAAACUGGUAAAUAUUUUUCUGCGGGCCACAUUUUCUCUUGAUAUGCACAUUUCAUCAACUGAAUUGAAAGCCAAAAUGUCAUCCGUGAAAAUUAUGGAAGCAAAAACGCACGAGGAAAUUGCAACCUGUCGGCCAGUGAUCCAAGUUCUACGUCCGCACGUCGUGGAAUCCACAUUCGUGGACCGUGUGACGCAACAGCAAAAAGAAGAAGGCUACCGACUCCUCUACAUCCGCCAAGACGCUCUCGGCGUGUGUGCCAUUCUCGGUUUUCGUGUCCUCAACUUUCUUUGGUCAGGAAAAACCAUGUACAUUGACGACUUUUGCACGCUCCCUUCCACUCGGGGCAAAGGUUACGGCGGGGCACUGCUGGACCGUGCUGCAGAAAUCGCCAAGGAACUCGACUGCGAGGGAGUGUCCCUGGACUCUGGAUACACAAGAAACGAUGCUCAUCGUCUCUACUUGAAUAAAAAAUUCAAAUUGGACGAACAUCAUUUUCACAGAUCUUUGACAGAGGAUCAGUGACUUUGGUGGAUACUACUCGUAGUAAUAGCAAACAAAAGCAAAUAAAAUCAAGCAAAAACGCAAAGCUAUCGUCUAAACCUGUAUGUAAUUUUCUUAGACAUUUAUUUUGACAAGAGACUGAGACGUGCAAUGGAGAAAUGACCAAUGGGGUCUCAUGGUCUACAAAAUUAGGCCCAAAUUAUUAUUUACUACAAAUUAUACUCUGUGAAAACAUCACAGUUCACACCAAUCUCUCAAACUUUGUAAGCGCAAGUAGAGAGUUCUAACUCCGUUUACGGUAUUGGGCUCAAGGAUAAGUAAACUGAAGUUAUUUAAAACGGAUUGAGCUUCCAGUACAUAACUCGUCCUUCCCAUCGCUAAAUUGGAGUAAUUAUUUUGGCAGAUGAUGUAUGUCUUCUCAAAUGGAAAUUACAUGUUGUCGAAAGUAAGGAAACUUCACCCUCCGCAUUUUCCGCAUUCCAUUAAAUGUCAAAAAUAUGUAAAAUUUCACUCCAUGGAUUAAGACAGGUUCCUUACUUCAUGCGGUAUUUUCACCUCGUGUAACGUUUCCUGCUGUGCUAGUCAGACAUCAUUUUCAUCAUAUUCUUGGGGUCUGGUAAACACAUGCAUAACCACAACUUCACUCCACUGAUCAAUAUCAUUGGCACACAAUGCCCAAUCAGCCAAUAAUAAGCAAGUAACAUGGUGGAUAGAAAAAAGGAGAAAAAUGCCGUUGUAAUUGUAACUCUUUUCUCGGGCUUCCUCCGGGCUGACAAAGGACGUGGGCGAAACUUGUGAACGACGAAGAAAGAGGAAUCACCUCACAACUCCCUUUAUUGAGCUACUUACGUACUCGACGUCGUCCUAGGUUUGCAUGGGACAAAGUUUUGCUUCCCAUUGUUUACACACUUCCCUUUGAAGUAAAUAUGUGCUCGAAGUUUGCCUUCUUUUAUUUUUCUCCCUCCCUCCAUUCGCGUUAUCAAGCGGGUGCAGGUGCUGGAAACGGGAUUCGUGUCAUUUUAUGAUUCGUGACAGGAGACGAUUGGAGCACAAAAACGCUUCUUGUACCCUUUGUCCAACCAUUUACGCUAAUCAUUCCUUGCAUUUUCCAGUUGCCCUGAUGAGCCAUUUUGUACGAGUCUCCACAGUCUGACUGACUCCUCCAAGACGAGGGCGAGGAAUGAGGAUAAAGGAGGCAAGAAAGACGGUAAUGCUGCAAGGGCGACAGGCCCAGCAUGGUUCAGAAUGCUGGCAAAUCAAUGAAAUCUGUUGGGCCACACGUUGCCAAGCUGCACACAGGCGCCUACAUAUAUUCGGGGUAAAUACAGAGUUUGAAACGUCACGAAGACAGACUUUUCUUGCUCCUUCUUCUGCCCUCUCCAGAAGGAAGGAAGACCACGGUCAACUUUGGACAAUUUAUCCAUAUUUACUCAUUAUAAGCGACUUCUCUUCUGCCCACCGUGUCAGUCCGUUGCAGCCUUUCUCCGUCGCCACACACGCUCCGCUGCGACGAAUGGUGGAGGUGCAUACGUUUUCUGCUGCUACGAAUCUUAAUCAGCCUUGCAGCGAAUACGAGUGGACUUGUUGUGGUCGUCUGCCUGCCAAUUAAGUAUCUGGAUGGAGAAGAAGGGGAGUGGGUCGGGGAGGAGCAGACCCUUCUACGAGCUCCCCUCCCAUGUCAAACCCUGCUCUCAAAUAAUUCAGGAGACGCGACUUCAACUCAAGUACUCGAGAAGGAUGCCUGCCCCACGCGACGUUGGUGUGGGUGACGUGUCCCCGCUCCUCGCCAAGGACGUCAACGGCUACGACGGAGACGACAGUGAUGUCCACAUGAGACCGGCCGCCGGCUAUGGAGGUCAGGUCGGUGUGAGACCUGUAAAUACUCAGCGACCUUUCACGCCACGAGAUAACAGUGCUAGUUUGUGGGGAGUUUCGGCACGGAAACGCCCGCCCAGUGCCAUCACGUUGUCUCGACUCUCUGUUCCGAUUGAAGACAGCGAAGAAUCGACCACCACUUGGUCCGCAUCAAGCAGUGGCAGCUCGACUAGUUCGACUUUGAGCAAUACUUUUGGCAGCAUCAGUCCCUCGGGAGGAGGAGGGGGCAGAUUUUCCUCUGGGGGACGAAUCGACCGAGGUCCAGAGCCAAAAAGUAGUUUGGGGAGCUUGAGUGGGUCUCUGGCUGGGAUCGCGGAGGGUGAGGUUGACGACCUCGUGUGUGGGGACGGGUUGAACAAUGGGAGAUCGUCUGUGGGCGUCGGAAACGUGGAAAAAACGAGACUCCAAAUGAAGUCACUUUCACUGCAAAAUGGUGAAACGAUCAAAGAUUGUGAGGACUGCGAGGCUGAUGCCACUUCUCAUUUUUCCAACAAGAAGGCUCGACACUCGGGCCGGGGUGAUGUGGUCGGAGAAGCUGGUGCCAAGGGAGGAGGAGGGGACAGCAGAUUUGUGUCGUCCCGACCUGGACUUGAGAAUGGUCACAACAAGAGAGUGGACAUGCCUGGGAGACCUGUCGACCCGGAGGAGGAGCAGCAGCAGAGUCAACACAUCCAUAAUUUAGAACUAGCCGUCAACUACCUCAGCUCCUUUGUCAAGGAGUAUGUGACAUCAGAUAAACCUCCGAAAGCAGAGGUCAUUUCCAUCCUGAAGAAAAUUCGCCAGGCGCUGUCAACCGGUUCCAGCUUCCAGGAUGGCCUCACUUCCAAACUGAGGAAACAGUUGUUGGAACUCAUCUUCAAAUUGGUAGAGAGAAAUCCCAACGAUGACAACAUUUUGUUCUGGUCUUCGUUCGUUCUGCUCCAUUGCAACAUCAUUGGGAACAAUCUCACCACCUUGUUCAAAAUGGUCUUCAAGUCGAGUAAAUCCAAGGGCUACAAAGACGUGAUUCUGGACACGGAAUAUUUAGACGUUUUAAUGAAGUCGUUUAGCCAAAUUUGUCCAAAAACCCAGACUGAGUCUAUGAUAUACGGAUACGGAACUCUAAAAUUUCUUUGUGGCGACAACUCGGUGCUAAAUCGAGUAAUUGACCUGGACCUAAUUCCGAUUAUGGCAUUGCAUCUCAAAAUUCUGAAUUGUGAGAUCGAGCUGUGUCAGGAGGGAGGUCGAGUGCCCGAAGGGAUUUUCAACGGAACAUUCCAAUUGACGUCCAUCCUUCGAAAUGUCGUUGGGGAGAGUCGAGCCCUCAUCGCGGUGGUGCAGAGCGGACUUAUGGAUGAGCUCUGCACCACGCUGCCAUGGGCCUUGGGGGACAUCGAUGUCCUCACAAACAUCGUCAGGAUUCUGAGCGUGGUGUCCAUGGAUGGGGUGUGCUGUCAAGUAAUGUACAACAAUGAGGGAUUCUGCCCCACCGUGGUUCGCCUGUUCAAACAGUGGUACGACAAGGACGAUGUCAUGGUGAGGACGAUGUACUGUCUUGGGAAUCUCUUGGCCAAUGCGGACGACAUGCGAGUGAACCUUUUCGAGGAGCCAGACUCGUUCCCUUCCAUUUUAAAAGUGAUGUUGCACUAUCUCGACAAAUCACCAAACAGUCCACCCUCCGUCGACAUUUUGAUCAAGACAACGCGUGUCAUGGCCAACUGGAUUCUGAAUCCGUUCGUGGGUUCUGAAAUCUGCGACGACCCGUCCCUGUCCAACGCGUUGUUUGAUACUCUGCAAAACGGGAGGUCCUCUCAGGAACUGGUACUUUGUGUGAUGUGCGCCCUCAACAACACCAGCUUUUACAUCAACUACACCGAGCUGGACAGCGGCACGAUGAAAACAGCCGAAUACCUGUUUCAGAAUUUGGGGUCUCAGGGGUUGGAGGUGAGGGAGGAAACGGUGAAAGUCUUGGGAAACUUGACCCGCAAUGCUGAUGUCCGGCUGAUGGCCGCCGAAUACAUGGAGAAUAUUUUACUGAGUUUGGAUGAGGCCCAAGCCUCGGUGGAACUCCUCUGUGCAACCUGCGGAGUUCUCAUCAACGUCGUGAUUGAGGAGCGAGUGAAGGCCCAGUUCCUCCUGCACGGGGGACUUGACCGAGUGACGCGCGUGUUGGACAGAAUUGAGGACAUGAUGGUCUCCCUAAUAACUUGCCAAGUCAUCUGGAACUUGUUGAUCUCGCAUGAAAACCAGGGGUUCGACUUGGCCGAGUGCAUAUCUCCGAGUCAACGCAUGCAAAUAAAAAAUAUUCUAGUCGACAAGUUGGGGAAAGUGCAGAAGAGUCGGAAUGAGGCGAUGUCUGCAACAGAAUGUGAUAAUGACCACGGGGACUCUGUGAGCUGUACCUGCUACUCCACAUUCCAGUUAAUCAGGGAGGAUUUCAUGCUGGUAGCCAAAGAUAUCGUAGAUAAAUUAUAGCCUGCUCUAGUUUCAUACAUAUUUCACCACGACGCGAGAAGACGGACUUUAAAAAUCUCAGCAACAAGAUAAUAUUUUUGUAACAAAAGUUAUAAUUGAUCACGUUUGACUGUCGCAGCAUUAAAAUGACUACAUGAGUUCAAGGAGUA